AUGACCGCCAUGCACCUCAUGAACAGUAGGGUCAUAGCUCUGGUGCGUGGAGUCCCCAAGAGCUUCGCCAAGGCCGUGAUGGAUGAAAAGUCAGCCGCGGCGCUUGGGGGCAAGGCCAUCGACUGGGCUCUCGCCUCCAAGCAACACGCCGGCUACGUGGACGCGCUGUCGAAGAUCGUCGAUUCCGUCGAGGCGCUCCCUGCGUUGGAGGCCCACCCGGACUGCCCGUUCGUGGAGGACGCUGUCGUGUACGCGAGGGGCAUCGCGGUGACGCUCCGCCAGGGGCACGAUUCCAGAAUAGGAGAGGUCGAUGCCGUUAGGGAGGCCUUAGCGACUAAUCCCGCCCUGAAGUGUGUCAAGACGGUGCACAUGGAGGACCCGGACGCACGUUGCGACGGAGGGGAUGUUCUGUUCACGGGACGCCACAUGUUCGUCGGGAUAUCGGAGCGAACAAACAAGGCGGGGGCUGCCGCGCUUGCCAAGGCGUUCGGCCCCUCUCUCCCAGUUGUCCCUGUGCCAGUGGCGGGCGCGCUCCACUUGAAGUCGUUGGUGUCCCUGCUCAGACCAGGGGUUCUACUGUUCGCGAGGAACGACGCUGGGCAAGAGGCGGUUGGAAGCAUGGCAUCGGACGUUGGAGAGACAGCAUAUAAAGCCAUUGGGGUCCCUGAUCAGCCUAGCGCGAACGUGGUGUCGGUGAUCCACAAGGGGCAGUGGCGGGGGGCGCUGAUCCAGGGCGGGCGGUGCGAAGAGAGCCGCUGGCUUAUCCGCAAGUGCUUCACGGAGAAAGAGCAGGCGAAGGUGUUGGAGAUUGACUACUCCGAGAUGAUCAAGCCAGACGCGGCCUUGACGUGCUGCUCGGUGCUGCUGGGAGGGCAGCCGGCGUGA